GUUAUCUCCAUAUCCGAAAACGCAGUGUGGUGAGGGAGCGAACCGGAAGGGAGAGGAAGGAAGAUGUUGGCGCUGGGAGUGUCGUCGCCGCCGCCCUCCUGCUCAUCGCAUCACGUCCUCGCUUCCUUCACCUAUCUUAGGAUUUCACCUUCACUUUCGUCGUCAAGGGCGUCUUCGUUCCGUGGAAUCCGGAUUGGGGCCGGGGUCCCGGUGUCGUCUCGCGGGGGGGCCGGCGGCGGACGGAUGGUGGUGAGGAUGGCGAAGAGGGAGGAGGAGAUGAAGGGGAUACGGGCGAAGACGACGGAGGAGAUCAACGAGGAGGUGAUCGACCUCAAAGGCGAGCUCCUCAUGCUCCGGCUCCAGAAAUCUGCGCGGAACGAGUUCAAAUCCAGCGAGUUCGGACGCAUGCGCAAAAGGAUUGCUCGAAUGCUGACGGUGAAAAGAGAGAGGGAGAUUGAAGAGGGGAUAAACAAAAGAUUGUCAAGGAAGCUUGACAGGAAAUGGAAGAGGAGUAUCGUGGUCAGGCCACCUCCGUCCCUGAGGAAGAAGCAAGAGGAGCAGAAAGCUGCAGAAGCAGAGAAGUCAUCAUAGUUCAACUUCAUGUACUGAGUGACAAACACAUUUCUCACAAUUCCUUUCAUGUUCCUGCUAAACUCAAGGUUCUUUUCUUUUGUGAUUGGAAGCUGUCCACCAAGUUUAUCUUGAUCAAUGAUGAUGAUGUUAUUUUUGCA